GGGCGGCGAACUCUCUUCUGCGUUCCCAGUGGGCUCGCUUCAGCCUCCUGCCGCGCUCGGGAGCUCCUCCUCGGCCGCUGGAGGAAAGGAAGGAAGGAGUUGGCACUGCCAGCAACUUGAAAAUUUUAGGCACCUUUUCGAGAACUUAAAAAUCCCUUUGUGGGCUUCUUUAAAUUUUGUUUUUAAAGCCCAACCUGCUAAGGACACCCCCAUUCCUUAGGAAGACUGAAGUUUCCUGUAAAGUGCCCUAUUGGAUUUAGGGUCUUCUGUUUUUUUUUUUUUUUUUUCUUCCCUCUUCCCUUCGUUUUUGACACUUGAGCCAACUCAGCCCAAUCAUGGUGAUGUUCAAGAAGAUCAAGUCUUUUGAAGUGCUCUUUAACGACCCUGAAAAAGUGUACGGCAGUGGGGAGAAGGUGACUGGCCGGGUGACGGUGGAAGUGUGUGAAGUGACUCGAGUCAAAGCCGUCCGGAUCCUGGCUUGCGGAGUGGCAAAAGUCCUCUGGAUGCAGGGAUCCCAGCAAUGCAAACAGACCUUGGACUACCUCCGCUACGAAGACACACUUCUCUUGGAAGACCAGCCCACAGGUGAGAAUGAGAUGGUGAUCAUGAGACCUGGGAACAAAUAUGAGUACAAAUUCGGCUUUGAGCUUCCUCAAGGGCCUCUGGGGACAUCUUUCAAAGGAAAAUAUGGUUGUGUAGACUACUGGGUGAAGGCUUUUCUUGAUCGCCCCAGCCAGCCAACUCAAGAGACGAAGAAAAACUUUGAAGUGAUGGAUCUAGUGGAUGUCAAUACCCCUGAUUUAAUGGCACCCGUAUCUGCUAAAAAGGAGAAAAAAGUUUCCUGCAUGUUCAUUCCUGAUGGGCGAGUGUCUGUUUCUGCUCGAAUUGACAGAAAAGGAUUCUGUGAAGGUGAUGACAUUUCCAUCCAUGCUGACUUUGAGAAUACUUGUUCCCGCAUUGUAGUCCCCAAAGCGGCCAUUGUGGCCCGCCACACUUACCUUGCUAAUGGCCAGACCAAGGUGCUGACUCAGAAGUUGUCAUCGGUCAGAGGCAAUCAUAUUAUCUCAGGAGCAUGUGCAUCAUGGCGUGGCAAGAGCCUUCGGGUGCAAAAGAUCAGGCCAUCCAUCCUGGGCUGCAACAUCCUUCGAGUUGAAUAUUUCUUACUGAUCUAUGUUAGUGUACCAGGCUCCAAGAAAGUCAUCCUUGACCUACCCCUGGUAAUCGGCAGCAGGUCAGGUCUAAGCAGCAGGACAUCGAGCAUGGCCAGCCAAACCAGCUCUGAAAUGAGUUGGGUUGAUUUAAACAUCCCUGAUACCCCAGAAGCUCCUCCUUGCUACAUGGAUAUCAUUCCUGAAGAUCACAGAUUGGAGAGCCCUACAACUCCUCUGCUAGAUGAUGUAGAUGGCUCUCAAGACAGCCCUAUCUUUAUGUAUGCUCCUGAGUUCCAGUUCAUGCCACCACCCACAUACACUGAGGUGGAUCCUUGCAUCCUCAACAACAAUGUGCAGUGAGCAUGUGGGAGAAAAGAAGCAGCGGGACCUACUUGUUUCUUUCCACCUCUCUUCCUGGACUCUCACUUUUUUAGAGACUAAAUAGUCUCCACAGUGAGGUGUGGAUCCACCCCAGCCUCUGACUCCCCAAAGUAGGAGGUGAUCAGCAGGCAAUCUUCAGGCCUCAAAUGGUGCAAACUCGUCCUCCACCAGCGCCAAUGUUGUGAUAUGGGAGUGUUUGCUAGAUGGGUCUGGAAAAAUUCAGGCCCAUCCGAUUUUUCAGAUCUCCUUGAAAACUGAGGCAUUUUCAGUAGUUUUGAGUUUCGAGAUAGAAAUGGCCUUAUGGUAUGGUCUUCCCAAGGUUUAUCGAAGGGAGUUACAGAUUUAUAACAACUUCAAAUCUUGAACUGCUGUUCCACAUGGAACCAGAGCCAAUUUAGCACACUAGGAAAAGGGAAACCAUGGCCAAAACUUGGGGAAAAGAAAGUUCUUAAAACUGGUAUUCUCUGUUUUGUACCCUUAUAAACGAAAAACUCUCCAGGGCUGAAUUGGUUUGGGUUUCAGAGAGGUGCUUCCUCCCCAUGAAUUAUAGGAAAACUGCUUUGAGGUGUCUUUGCUUAAAAUGAACUUUAACUUUGCUUAAAGCAGUAGUAACUGUGCCCCACCAAAGGUCUUAAAAGCCAUUGUUAGAGCCUGUUGCACUGGUGUUCUCCUGUUGAAAUGUAUUCAUGCAGGAGAAUCUGUUUUUCUUUUUAUACGACUCCUUGGAAUUGAUUCUGAGGUGAUGUUCUUAGCACUUUAGUUCCUGUCAGGUUUUGUUUUUGUUUGUUUUCUCUCUCUCUCUCAAAUGUAAGCUACUGGUCUACUAUGUCUUUAGGGGUAAGCAUAAUAACACACUCAAAAAAAGUGUUAGUAUUAUUACUUUUGAGACUUUGUCCCAGUGUUUGGAAUUACGUGAUUCUGACACUCUAAUUGUAUGAAUGAGUUGCUGCUCUCGGCCUUGCUCACUGUGACUAAACUUGGAGGGACUCUGCAUCUAGAAGCCUCAGGACUGUGAUCAGAGUCUCCUAACACUGCCAUGAGAGGCUCUGGCAAGUCCUUCCGCCCAGCCUUAGGAGGAAGGGAAGUCAGCCCCUCUCACUGCAGCCACUAGCACUUGGCCAGUCACCCUCAGCCACAGCACUUUGUCCAGCUGUCCUGUGUCAGAGCACUGAGCUCCACCCUCUUCUGAGAAUUACUGCAGCCAGAAACUAUGUGGGCUAAAGGUGAUUUCAGUUUUUUGUAUUUUAAUUGUGUAUCUUUUUGUAUGAUAAAAACUAUAUUUUGUACUUAACCAGAUAUAUUUUCACCCCAGAGGGGGUAUUCUUUGUUUAAAAAAAAAAUAAAGUUUUUAAUUGCA